ACACUUUCCUGAAAAUGUUUUAGUCACACAGGGUUCAGAGUAUGACUGACUAAAGCAACUUUUUUGUUGCAUUCAAACAGACACUGGUAUAACUCUUCGGAGCAUUUGAAAAGCAGCUUUUACGGUGAUUCUCAAGCAAUCGAUAAGGUCUCCCAAAAGCUUAUUGAUUGCUUGUGAUGCACUGUUAAGUCUCUUGAUCUAAAAUUCUUUACUUAUCAUCAAACAAGAAGUAGGCCCUCUGUUAUAUAAUGUAUGAGUCUGUCUAUUUAAAGCAAUGCUCCCUGUUGUCCAUAAGAUGGCAAAAAAUAUUAAGUAAGUGGCUGCAUGGAUGAAAUGAUAAAUACAACAAUCUGAAAGUCAAUAGUUGGCUUCAAACGAUUUUUGUUAUCGUGUUAUGUUGACUUAUGAGAGUGCCAGUUUAUAAUGCAAUGUGAUAGCAGGGUUGUAACUAGUUACUAGUUACGAAUUACUGGAUUGCCAAAAGCAUAUUGGUAAAGCCCUCUGUUUUUUCACUUGAAAUAAUUCCACAUGUAUUUUGGAGCAAGAAAAGGCACAACAAUGUUCUGUCAGUAUGGCACCUAUUGUGUCAGAGAAUAAAGCCUAUAGAGCCUUAUUAGCAUGACUUUUGUAAGAGCUCGUCAUUAGAACUGAGAAAGGACUUUUUCUAUAUUUAUUAUAUUUUAGAACUCAUAGGACAACAUAAGCUAAUUCUGUCCCUCACCACUCAUUAUUGUAAUGGUAUGUCUUCAUAAACCUUUGGCAUGCAGCUACAAAGCAAAUACCUGUAGUUCGUCAAAGGUCCGAAGAAGUGCCUAGGAGAUGAUGAGCCACAGGAGACUAAUUAAAGGCAGCAAGCUUGACAUCAACCCCUCAAAUGAGCAAGAAGAAGAAAUGAGAAUUUGUGGUUUCGUGUCAUUUUUGUGGUUGGCCUGAAUGACGUCCAUCAGUGCAGGCAUCACAGGACAAUAUAAAAGACACUUCCCCUCAAGGAACAUCAGAUGAGUUCGCUUCAGACAAGUCAGGAGAUGACGUGGUUCCCAACCAACUUCCAGAAAGCUGCCAGGAUGGACAUGACCAAAAGGAAAGUCCUGGUUCUGGUUUUGAUGUUGCUGCUCUCUCAACUGGCUUGUGAUGCUCACAGCGUGUCUGAGUGCUGCAGACAACCAUCUCGCUCCUGUCGCCUCUAUGUGUUGUUGUGCCGCUCUGGCAGCAAGACCCUGGGGGGAUCUCUCACAGGAGAUGCCGCCGCCGGCAUUCUCACUCUGGGCAAAAGGGAUGAAGAUCGCUUGCAGAGCCGACUCCACCAGCUCCUCCAUGGCUCCAGGAACCAAGCAGCAGGGAUCCUGACUAUGGGGAAGAGGACUGAGGAGAAGGCUGGAGAGCAGUAUGUGGACUGGCUGGCUCAUUCAGGGACUACCAUCACAACACCUCUGCCCGUUUUAAGCUAAAUACCUCAUGGUGUAAGCAUACUGGGACUCCUAAAAUCUAGGUAGAAAAAUCACACUUAUUUGGUGAGUGUUGUUGCACAAAAUGUGUAUUUAUUUCAUGUAGAUACAGUUUUUUGAUUUUGUUUUUGAACUGUCUUUUUGAACGUGAUAUGUUGUGCAUUUGCAGAUAAGAUUAUACAGAUGUGUAAUAUUGUACAUAUGUGGACCCAGUCUUGUGGUGUAAUAAAGAAUAUAAAGCCGA